AAUUUAGUAAACAAUAUACUUCUUUGAAAUUAUUAAUAUUUUUUUUAUAAAAAAAUAAUAUUUUAAACAUAUAUUUUAGUGCUAACUCACACAAACACUAUAUAAUAAUAAUAAUGAUAGUGUUGCAAGUUCUGAAAUUUUAUACUACAGCAGAGAUUUUUUAUCGAAAUUUUUUUUAAGAUCUUUAUGUUAUUUGUAAGUAACUGAAAAUUUUUGAAGUAAAAAAUUUUUUAUUGACACAUUAUUGACUCAGUUUAUUAGCUUCAAAUGGAACGCAUUUUUGGACAGGUACGUGUUAUCUUUCAGGCAAUCUUUUAUUCGGGACUUAUAAGAAACAUUAUAAUCGAUCUUAAGAAAACAUUACGAUAUUUGAAAGAUCUGUUUCGUUUCGAAACUCUUAUUUUCGAUGCCCUAUUUUCCUAUAUUUACAUUCGAGUGUAAACAGCAUUUGAUCAUGAUUUAAGUAUUAAUUACUAUUUCCAAAUGGUAUUUGCUUUAAGUAUUAAAUGUAAUGAUAUUUUCAAAUUUGUUUCAUGUAUUACAUUAAAUAGUACUAUUUCUGAAAAUAUUUAAUGUGAAAUAAUAUUUGUUUUAAGUAUUAGAUUAAAUAAUAUUUCUAAACAGUGUUUGAUUUAAGUAUAUUACAGAAUAUUUUUCUAAAUAGUAUUUGCUUGAACAAUGCCGAGUACGUUUGAAAUAAAAUAUUAUUUGAACAUUUAUUUCAUUUGACAGUGAUAUGCACAAGUAUGUUGCAAUUGUUUAUUUCAAACAUACGAGUGGGAAUUGUUAAUUGAAAAAGUUGUUUAAGGUAUAUUAGAAACUAUUAUUUAAAAUGAUAUUUCAUGCUUCAAAGCUUGCAUUGAUUGAUUUAUGUAUACUUCAAAUAUCAUUUUAGAAGGAAAUUAACUGAAAACAAUAUGAAGAAAAUCUAAAUAUUAACUAGUAAUAUUAAGCAUUAUUCCUGAGAAAAAGAGUACCCUAGCAUAUUCAAUUAUUUAUUCAAUUAUAAUCUGCGAUGUGGGAAGAUAAACGUGACGUUAAAACGCAACUAUGUACUUCGUGGAUAGAGAAUUUUAUUCAUGUACAAAAUAAACAAUUACGCAAAAAUAAUAUUCGAAUAACUGUUUCAACUUCAUCGUAAAAAAUACACAUAUUCGUAGAAUCAUGUGAAUUUCGAACAAUAUUUCAAUUGAUAGACAAACAAAUGAUCAUUUCAAACAAACGAAUGAAAACAAACUACGCAAAAAAAUAAUCUUUAGAAAUAUAUUUAUAUUUUAUUUUUGAAACGCUAUUUUAUUCAAUAGCGUGCUUGUAGAAAUAUUUCGAUAUUUUAUUGUACUGUACCGAUUCAACUUUCUUCCCCAACCUAAAAUCUGUGAAAUUUCAAGCAUCUAGUCUGCCGACGAAGCGACUCGAAUUGCCACGUUGCUGAGGAACUUCGCGAUCGCCUUCGAGACCGAGGUGCAGACGUAUUAUCAGAUACAGUCGUCCACCGGCCACGACGCGUGAAAUUUUCAAACGUAUCGCCGGACGCUAGUAAUAGGCAGCAACAUACGGUGGCGCUUCAAAUUCUCUGUCAGUGCUCGAUGCAUGCCGAACUGAUCUCGUUAUUUCACUUAAGUUACAUGCGUGUUUGCUUGUGACUUACGAAGUGAGGGACAUCAUGCUGUACCUGCCUAAAUAACGUUUUCGGUAAUGCUGCCACGCCACAGCUGUAACACAAAAUAAAUUAUGUCCAGUGAUGUGAUAUGUCCGUGCGUUCAUGAUAGAGUAUUCGCCCCUUGUAAAUGUAUUUCGCAAUACUAUAUAAACUUAAAUUAGGACAGUCUGUAACAACUAUACCAACUGUAGGAUUCAAUGUAGAAACAGUUACCUAUAAAAAUGUUAAGUUCAAUGUUUGGGAUGUUGGUGGACAAGAUAAAAUACGUCCGCUUUGGCGUCAUUAUUACACUGGUACACAAGGACUUAUUUUUGUAGUAGAUUGUGCCGACAGAGAUCGAAUAGACGAAGCGCGCCAGGAGCUUCAUCGAAUUAUAAAUGAUAGAGAAAUGCGAGAUGCUAUUAUUUUAAUUUUUGCAAAUAAACAGGAUCUUCCAGAUGCAAUGAAACCACACGAAAUACAAGAAAAAUUGGGUUUAACUAGGAUACGAGAUAGGAAUUGGUAUGUUCAGCCAUCAUGUGCCACAACUGGAGAUGGGCUUUAUGAAGGCCUUACAUGGUUGACCAGUAAUCAUAAAUUAUGAACAAAUAUUUAUUUUUCAUCAGUUAACAACAUACCAAGA